AUGAAUGGACCAGAAACUGCCGAUGGCACACUUGUCGUAAUGGUGUGCCGAGCAAAGCACCUUCCCAAUCGCCGGAAACUAGAUAAACAAUGUCCAUACGCGCUUCUACGGAUCGGAACAGUGGCCCAGAAAACGCCCAGCCACUUUCGUGCGGGCCAGACGCCCGAGUGGACUCAUGAGUGUCGUUUCACGUUGUCACGAGAACGCAAACCCAUCAUGAAACUCGAUGUUUUGGACGAAACGAAAAACGAUCCAACACCCGUGGGAAACACGGAAAUCGACUGCUCGCGGGUAUUUCUGGACCCGGCCAACUUGCAUGAGGGCGGCAAAUACAUUUUGGACGCAUGGCACGAGUUGCUGUGCCAAGGGCGACCCGCAGGCAUGAUUUACUUGGAAAUGACAUUCUACCCCAGCGCACCUGUUCCGCCCCCUAAGGCGAGCACCAUGAGCGCUUACGAGCACAGCAACUACAGUCUGCCCGAAGCAGAUUUUCUGCGGCGUUCCCACAGCCCGGAAAUGCUUAGGCGGUCGGAUUUGCAUUCUCGUUCAACAUCACCAUCACAUACGCAAGCACCUCCACCUCAUGGCCCCUUUGAAUCGCACAGUAAGCAAACUCUACCGCGGCUGGAGGUGAGGCCACGGCCACAUCUGGUGGCUGAUCCGACCACUAGCGUUUUUGUCACCGAGAAAAAGGAGCAGGGCCGUUUUAGUAAACUCAAGUCUCGCUUACGUUCGUUCGAGCCACUGACCUUGUGGGAACCGAAGCCGCGUCUAGCAGAGCCCGAGGGUGUCCCCCAACUCCAUGACGAUGUGGUUUCUCCUCCACCACCUCCACCACAUUCUCCAGAACGUCCAACGUAUCCUCAACGGCCCCAGCUGCGUGCAUUUUUCCCUGACAGAGAGCACAAUAGGUCGUCACUGUCGGAUGCACCGCAACGCAGCCCAAAGAGAGGUGGCCAUGAACGGCUUACAGAAAGAUUCGGCCGUUCAGCACAUCUGGAUCCUCUGGGUAGCGAGAACCGUAGGCCCACGCGGCGACCACCGCCUGACUUGGCGCCUACUCCCGCGGUGGUUCCGUUCUCUGCUGACACGUUUGGGGCUGAUGAUUUGCCGGAUAUCCCCGUGUUUGCCCCAGUGUCAGAGCCUAAAAUCUACUCCAACCCACAUGAGCUCGAUCCGCAGUAUUAUGCCCCUACACCGUCGCAGCACGUUGCGUCUAAACAGGAGGAGCUGGGCGAGAACAUGCGAGUCGAUGUGCGCACAGAAAGCACCGGAUAUAUGGGAGAAGGUCGGUGGAAAGUUGACCGGUAUUCGCCAACGGUGUUUCUGCGCGUUGUUGAUGAGAAUACAAAGCCAGCAGUGCCACCGAAAAUACCACGCGGGCUUUCGGAGAAGGAGUAUUAUACGCUUGAACGGGACAGUUACUUGAAGGACAUUAAUGGGCGGAGACACUGA